UAUAUUUCGCAGAAGCUGUCCCUGCGCCAUCCAAAAGGAGAUUAUCUCUCUCCCCUCUCUGGCUCUGCUGUCUCUGCCUCGCUCCCUUCUUUCUCUCUUCCUUGACGACGAUGGAACUCUAGAAAUCGGUGAAGAGAAAGAGAGGGGAAGCUCCAGAGCAAGAGAGGAAGCGAGAUAAUAAGGUGGUCAUGGCGAAGGCUCUUAUCUCAUCAUCCUCCUUCCUGAAAACGCCCGUGCUUCCUUCCCUUCACCGCCAUGGUUGUCCUAAUCUCCGGCUGCGGAGAAUCGAUACCCGUAUACGGUUUAGUUUACAGGAGCUCUCUCAGAUAGAUUUUGAGUACGUAGCUGCCAGAGCGGAAUCCAUUCUCUACACUCUGUCGGAUGCUGCCGUCUCCGCCACCGCCACCACCACUACUUUGGAUUCGACUACAGAUGUCGCGCAGAAGAACGGAGGAUGGUUCGGGUUCAUCUCGGACGCCAUGGAGGUCGUUUUGAAGAUUUUGAAGGACGGGCUUUCAGCUGUACACGCUCCUUAUGCAUAUGGUUUUGCAAUCAUCUUGCUAACAGUAAUAGUUAAAGUGGCAACGUUUCCCUUGACGAAGAAGCAGGUGGAGUCAACAUUGGCCAUGCAAAACCUUCAGCCAAAAAUAAAAGCAAUCCAACAAAGAUAUUCUGGAAAUCAGGAAAGGAUACAACUUGAGACAUCCCGUUUGUACAAGCAAGCAGGAGUUAAUCCAUUGGCAGGGUGCUUCCCAACCUUGGCUACAAUUCCAGUUUGGAUUGGCUUAUAUCAAGCCCUCUCUAAUGUUGCAAAUGAGGGAUUGUUGACUGAAGGUUUCUUUUGGAUCCCCUCCCUCGGUGGACCAACCACUAUUGCUGCCCGACAAAGUGGUGCAGGAAUUUCUUGGCUUCUUCCUUUCGUGGAUGGACAUCCUCCAUUGGGCUGGCAUGACACUGCAGCCUACCUAGUUCUUCCUGUGCUUCUUGUUGUUUCUCAAUAUGUCUCAAUGGAGCUUAUGAAGCCACCCCAGACGGAUGAUCCUUCUCAAAAGAACACGUUGCUAGUGUUGAAGUUCCUUCCUCUAAUGAUCGGAUAUUUUUCCUUGUCAGUGCCGUCUGGUUUAUCCAUAUACUGGUUUACAAACAAUGUCUUGAGCACAGCGCAACAAGUAUGGCUGCGGAAGCUAGGUGGGGCAAAACCUGUUGUUGAUGCUGGUGCUAAUACCAUAAUUACUGCAGGACAGGCAAAGCGCUCAACUUCACAAUCAGCUGCCAACAUUGAACCACUUCCUGGUGAUAGGUUUAGGCGAUUGAAAGAAGAAGAGAAGCAAAAGAAACUAAAUAAGGCAUUGCAAGAGGAUGAGGUUCAGGCAUUAGCUUCUGAUUCUGAUGAAAGCUCUGAUGAAGAGACAAAGGACAAGGAUUUGGAGGAGGCUUUGGCUUCAAGUAACAGUAAGCAAGUUGUUGAUUAUUCUUCCCAAAGAAAGGGUAAGAGAUCAAAGAGGAGACGAUCAUCCUGAGCAUGCCUUGACACAUUUCUUUCUCCGGACAAGAGCUUCUCUGGUGCCUUAGUUUCUUUUAGAGAGUUGCCUGUUAAACAGAUUAGGCAGUGUAUGUAUGUUUUGACUGUGAUGGCCUGUGCAAUUGAUUGAUAGCAUCAAAUGUAUAAAUUACAUGGGGGUGCAUGAUGUCCCUCUUUGCAGGCAUAUUUAUAUGUGCUUGCUUGCUAUUUAUAAGGCUUCUUCUUAAUGCCCAUUUCCUUAAGCGGAUGUAAUUUUCUUUCAUUGGUCUUUAUGCAAACGUUAAGUUCACCUCA